AUGAAAUCAGACAAAGGCAACAAAAUUGUGGUGAUGGAUAAGAACGAAUACGAUCGACGUUGUUGGAAGUUGAUAACUGAUAGCGGAUACGAUGAAAUCAAAAGAUCCCCUCUUAACAAAAUGGUCACAGCUGCUAAUGAAGUUAGGAAGGAGAUCAGUAAUGUUUUUGGUGAACAGUUUAAAUGGAAACUUCUGAUUUCAAAUCCUGAUGUACCGAGACUCUACUGCUUACCAAAGGUUCAUAAACCUGGGGAUUCAAUGAGACCUAUUGUAGCACUUUUAAGUGCACCGUGUACAAACAUCUCACGAUGGUUGGUUCAAGAAAUGAGACAGUACCUACCUUGUGAAAGCCUAUCGGUUAAAAAUUCGAUCGAAUUUGCAGAAAAAGUUAAGAACAUAGAAUUAGCCAACGAUGAAAUUUUGGCUUCUUUCGAUGUUUCUUCACUUUUUCCUUCAAUACCAGUUCCAAAAGCAAUAGAGAUUUUUAAAAAUAAUCUCAUUAAACAGAACAUUCCAAUUGAAAAAGUAAACGUUUAUGUACGAGCAGCUGAAAUGUGCAUGAAUACGAAUUACUUUCAAUUUAGGGGGCGAUUUUUCAAAAUCAACUUUGGAACGAGUAUGGGCAACCCGCUUUCACUAUUAAUUGCAGAGACCUUCAUGGCCGAUUUUGAAAUGCAAUUAAAAAGGAAAGGCCAUCUUCCACAAACCUGGUUUCGCUAUGUUGAUGACAUCUUUACAAUCGUCAAAAAGAAUAAGGUAAAUGAUUUGUUAUCAAUAUUGAAUUCCCAACACAACAGCAUCAAAUUUACGUAUGAAUUAGAAGAAAAUCAAACAAUAAACUUCUUAGACCUAAAAUUAAUAAGAAAUGAACAAAAUCGUAUUGACAUAGCUAUUUACCACAAACCAACAAGCACCUUCAGAAAAAAAUCAACACAACCAGCUGAUUUCAGUCGAGUGUCCAUGACCUUCGCUCCAGACAUCACAAAUGGUCUUAAAACAGUCUUCCACCGCAACAAAAUGUCUUUAGUUUUUUCUAAUAAAUUCAAACUUAAAAACAAACUGACAAGUGUGAAAGACAAAAAAGACAACUUGGAAAAAUCUGGAGUUUAUGAAAUUAAAUGCAAGUGUGGACGAAAGUACUACGGCCAAACUAAGAGAUCAGUGGCAACUAGGUUCAAAGACCACCAGAACUACAUUAAAAACAACGAUUCAAAGAAAUCGGCAAUUGCAGCACAUGCAUUACACGAACAACAUUUGCCAAUCACUUUGAAUGAUGUUCGUCUUUUAGCAAGCGUCGCAGAUGCUCUGGGUAAUUAUAAAAAUUCUCAAUCGUGGAUUAACAAACGUUCUGCACCAGGAUCUGCUAUUGUUAAAGUCGCAGAAAAUUCGUCUCCCAACUUGUUGUCGGCAUUUGAUCCAAUAUUAGUUGAAAUCAUUAUAAAAAAUGAUGGUGAGCUAAUUGUGAAUAUACCCGGUUGUGCAGAACCUUAUAUGAAAUAUUUUGAUACGAAUCCGGUGAAUGUACAAUUUUUUAGCUUUACUAAUUGGGAUAAAAUGCCAGCUAAAUGGUUCUAUGACUGUCAAUUCGAUGAAAAUUGUGAGUAAAUUGUGAU